UUGCCUCCUCCGACUUUUGCCAAGUGUUUGGCCCAGGAGACGCCGUUGGAAUGACCCAAUCCGCAGCCUCCCCACCAACAACACGGUUGGGGUCCAAUCUCAUGACCCAUGGGGUCAAACCCCCACCCUUGGCAUCAGCUUGUACGUAUGCAUCAGUAUACCAAUCGUCAGUGAUGAUUAAAACAAUUAUACCAUUGUUGUUUGUCGGGUUUCUAGCAUGGAUACUUCAGCCCAUCCGCCCUCCACCUCCUCGCAUCUGUGGCUCCCCCGGGGGUCCACCAAUCACAGGACCUAGAAUUAAACUUAGGGAUGGGAGACAUUUGGCUUAUAAGGAGCAUGGUGUUUCCAAAGAAUUGGCGAGGUACAAGGUCGUAUUGGUUCAUGGAUUUGGGUCUAGCAGGCAUGAGGCAGAAAUUGCGACAGCGGAGGCAGUUCAAGAACUUGGGAUCUACUUUGUAUCUUUUGAUAGACCGGGUUAUGGAGAAAGUGAUCCUGAUCCAAAGCGAUCUUUUAGAAGUCUAGCACUAGAUAUAGAGGAGCUUGCUGAUCAAUUGGAACUCGGAUCCAAAUUUUAUGUCAUUGGGUUUUCCAUGGGUGGACAAGUGGCUUGGGGUUGCCUCGAGUACAUCUCUCACCGGUUAGCUGGAGCAGCAUUGGUUUGUCCAGUGAUCAAUUACUGGUGGCCUGGCUUCCCGUCAAAUUUAUCGACUGAAGCAUACUAUCAACAGUUACCACAGGAUCAAUGGGCUCUUCGAGUUGCCCAUUACACCCCAUGGCUCACCUACUGGUGGAACACGCAGAAAUUGUUUCCAUCCUCCAGUGUCAUAUCCGGAAGGCCCAAGCUCUCUCGCCGAGACUUGGAAAUUAUAUCCAAGCUUGCAGAUAGACAAUCUCAAACGGAAUACGUAACACAACAAGGAGAAUUUGAAUCCUUCCAUAGGGACAUGAUAGUUGGAUUUGGCAAGGUUGAAUUUGAUCCUAUGGAUCUUAAGAACCCUUUUGCUGACGGCGAAGGCUCAGUUCACUUGUGGCACGGCGACGAAGAUGGCCUCGUGCCCGUUGUAUUGCAGCGUUACAUUGCUGAAAAGCUUCCGUGGAUUCGCUACCAUGAGAUACCAAACGCCGGGCAUUUGCUUGUGCUUGACAAUAAAGAGGCCAUCCUAAAAGAGCUUUUCACUGUCUGAUGUAAACAUCAAUUCGUCCUGGUUACAUUUAAUCCUCCAUUCUUUGGGACUACUAAGUAAUGCUUUUUGCAAGUUUGUCCCAGUCGUGCAUGUGGCUGCAACACUAGUCUAUUAGUAUUAUAGAACUUUUUUGUCUGUCAAGUGAAAUUGUGCAGACAUCGCUUUCACUAAGUGGAAUUCGAGAACGAGACUUCACAUUACUACGCUGCAUUCAAGAACUACAAUUCCUUUACACAUUUUGGUUUUGGAAUGAUGAAGCAAAUUCGGAUUUUAUUA